AUGGACCUGCCGUCGCCAUACGGCGUGAUGAAAACUGCUUUUGGGACCAUCAAGGCCGGACUUAAACUCACCAUCACCAACUGCCUUCCUUGGCAGACCGUGAUCCGGCAGUGGUUUCGUGAAAUGCAGACUGACCUUCAUGCGCAGCAGGAUGCAGUAGGAUUUGCCGAGUUUUUGCUACGCCACGCAGACAUCCCAGCUUUCCGGGGCACUUGGGAGGCCAGAACCCAUGAACGGAUCUUGAAUGACUCAGGUGUUUUGCCUAUUCGACUUGAGCUACGUACGGACCUUCAGGCUUGCAUUGAUUAUUGGCAUGAGCAGACUGUGCGCUUCAUCCAGGCGCUGCGUGUGCAGCCCGCAUUGCUCCUACUGCAAAUUUCGCGUUUUGACCCGGAGGAUCCACUACGCAAAUAUGAUGCACCUCUUUUGAUUGAGGCAGGCCAAAUCAUCACCAUGCCGUGUUUCGACAGUGCACACAACAUCAUACGCGUGAGAUACAGAGUUGCCGGGAUGAUCUACCACUGUGGUCCCACCAUCCAUGCAGGUCAUUACCAGACAGUUUUGUGCACCUUGCGGGCGGCUGAGGGCAGAGCAUCCGGGUACCAACUUCAUGUCACCGAUGAUGGCGGCCAGUUCUUGAACUUCGGGGUGAACCGAGCCUCUCCGAGUGCCUCGGGCGCUCUGACUGGAGAGUUGGUUCUGGACAGGCUGGCGCAAGCGGUCAGUCAGUUAGCUAUGUCAUCGUCGGCGUCUUCGGCUGGCGGUGGCUGGAAAGAAAGCAAGUUUGUGAGACAGCCUGAUGUUUUCGAGCCAAAAGACAUGGAACAAGAAAUGCAGAUGUGGAACGAUUGGUCUUUCCGCUUCAAGUCCUUUAUGAUGAUUCAGGACCCCAUGUUCAAGGAGGACUUGGACCAGUGUGAAACAGCUACGGCCUUUACUGCUUUCAACAGCUACACCGAAGGCCAAAAGCAGAGAGCAGUUCGUCUCUACGCCAUGUUGGCUUCCUACUUGAGGGGGAGACCACUCAAGAUGCUGCGUUCGGUCACGGACGCGGAUGGCUUCAAAGUGUGGCGCCAGCUCCAUGAUGAACUGGCACCAAAGAGCAGACCUAGGACUUUGGCGCUUGCUCAAGCGCUCACUCGGUUUCCACCGUACAAGGAGGGCACCAGCAUCCUAGAGUAUGUGCUCACGUUCGAGCGGCUGGUUCGAGAGUACGAAUCUCUUUCUUCCCAAGUCUACGCAGAAGAUCUGAAAAUAGGAACACUUCUCUCCGGCCUUCCUACAGAAAUGCGCAGGUACCUUCAGAUGCAGAUCGUCGACUCCACCAAGUACGAGCAACUUAGGGAGAGGGUCCUGCAGUACGAGCGUUCUUCUUCGACUUGGAAUGCAGAUCAUGUUUUGAAGUCGUUGGGUUUAGGUCGUGUUCCUGGAGCAGAAGGUGAUCCUAUGGAUGUUGACAGAGUAGAGAAGGGCAAGUCUUGGAACAAAGGGAAGAAAGGAAAUCCAAAAGAUGAUGCUGCGUCACAGGCUUCUGUUUCGACUGCGCCAACUUCGGCGACCUCCAUGGCCAAGAGCAAGGCGAAGGUUCAGCGUGUUGAUCUGUGUGCCUUUGAAGAGAGUGACGGUGAUACUGAAGAUGUUCAUGUCACAUUCUACGAUGGUUCUGUGCGCGUUGUUCGUGAGAUUGAUGCAGAGCCUCUUCUUGAUUCCAGUGCAAGUGCAGAUGAGUUACCGAGCAGUAGUACCAUGUGGUAUCGCAUGACAUCAGAUUCUUCGGACAGCCAGAGCUUGAAGUCUUUGUGCAGCGGAGAACGCUCCAUUGAUGUUUCAAGCCAAAUGAGUUCGGAGGAAGUUGCUGCGAGGGCUGUGAGAGACACAGGCCUUCAUGAAGUGAUUCUGGACUCCGGCGCUGAUUGCACAGUGCUGCCUCAAGGUCAGUUCGGAUCUGUAGGCGAGGAUGGCCACCGCAGAGCGACCCUUGUCGAUGCACAGGGGAACACCAUUCCCCAAUCUUCUUCUCGGCAGCGCGUUCUGUUUGAAGUAGAAGGUGAGGAUGGAGAAAUGAUCCAGUUCACUGAUUUUGCCAUUCUUGCCAAUGUCAAGCAGCCUCUGUUUUGCUUUGGGAAGCUCUUAAAGAAUGACUGGCAGCCUGUGAAAGAGGACGGUUCUUGGUACUUGCGCCGUGAUGAUUCUCGCUUCGGGGUUCAUUGGAGCAAGAACUCCCUGGCAACCUUCAUGAGAAUAAGCAGGGUCUCUGAUGAGCCUGGUUCCGAGCCUAGAGAAGAUCCCCCCGAAGCAGCUGAAGGCGCAACCCAAAACACAUGUGAUCAAGAUCCGCUUCGCCUUUGUGUGGUGCUGGCCCUCAGCGACCACGUCGAUGUGCUCACGCAUGAGGCUGGAUGGGGGCUCUCGAUAGAAGGGUUCCCGGCGCAUCUUGGAAUGGGGAUGCGUGGAACGCUUGAUGGUAGCAUCUCCGGCUUCACUCCUGAUGAUUGGCCUUUGAGAAUAACGCUGCUCUGGAGAGGAGGUUCUCGCUAUGAAGUUUUUGAGGAUUGUGAGCCUUGGGGUCCCCUAAUUCCUGGAGGGCCUUGCAUGUACUCUGAGUUCGACAAAAAGGAGAAGAAGGUGCUCACGAUCUUUGUCAAGGAGGCCAUUGAGCUAGAGUCGUUGGGCAGCAUUGUUGAAGGUGAAGUUCGUCCUCGGGUAGUUCCUGAACCCAAGCCCCUAGAGUCUUCUUCAGCAGAACAACCUCAAGUUCCAGCAGAACAGCCUGAUGCAGUUGGUGAAGGUGAUGUCCUUGUUGCUGAUGCCCAAUCCGGGGGAGAUCAUCCGGGCCAAGGCGAUGGAGUUCCACCCUUGAUCGGCCCGGCUCCUGUGGAAGUGCAGGGUGAUGAAGAUGAAGCUGUUCAGGUCAACAACAAGGUGCUCACCGAGAACAGUUCGCUUAGGGAACUCCGUGAAGGAUGCAAGUUUCUCAGCAUUUCGAAGAAUGGUUCCAAAGCCCUUGUUUGGGCAAGGCUCAAAAAGGAGAUCGCUGAUAGCAAGCUUCGGGCUAGCGUGCAGGCGUCGGAGGAAGUCUUGAAACAGCUGGAACGAAAACCUUUGGCCGAAGCCCUGGCUUCCCCUCCAGCGCCUGAGCUCGUGGCCCUUCAUGAGAUUUCCCACAUGCCGCGGGCGCCAUGGUGCGAAGCUUGCGUUGCAACUCGCUCCCGAGAGGACAACUUUGAAGACGUUGGGAACACGCGAAGAGAAAAUCCCAUCAUCUCCUUGGACUACAUGUUCACUGGGACAAAGGACAAUGGAUUGGCAACCCACUUGGUCUGUGUCGAUAGCCAGUCGAAGUUUGUCAAGGUUGUUGCUUUGAGUGCCAAAGGGGGUAGCUUGCUGAAGUAUGCCACCAAGGAAGUGAUUAUCUUGUUGCAACAGCUUGGCUAUUCUCAGGUGAGUUUGCGCUUCGACACAGAGCCCGCCAUGAAGCAGCUAGCGGACUCUAUUCAGACCUCUCGUCUGAAGAUGGGCCUGGGAACCACUUUGGAACCUGUAGGUCCCGAUCCUUUGGCACAUCGAGCCCUACAUGCUGAGAGAUACAUUGACACCGUGCGCCGUUUGGGAAACUGCUUGCUGGAGACAGUGAGGCAGAGAACGGGGCACAAAGUUGAGAGCAGCGAUCCUCUUUUCGCUUGGGCUUAUGUUCAUGCUGGCUUCUUAAUUUCUCGCUUCACGGUGCACAAGGAUGGCUGCACGAGCUAUGAGCUGGUGCAUGGCAAACCUUACAGCCAGAAGCUGUGUCCUUUCGGAAGUGUUGUGUAUGCCCAGGUUCUGCCCAAGACCAAGAACAAAGGUGAGCCGUGGAAGUCGUAUGUGUGGCUUGGUCGCUCUGAGCUCGGCCAGCUGCACAUCCUUGGGAGUCCUGUGGGAAUCCAGUUUGCCAGGACAGCUCGUCGUGCACCGAAGGGAUAUGAUGUGGAAAUGCUGAAAACAAUGCGUGGCGUUCCUUGGGACUUCUCUCUGGAAGUCUUGGCUACAAAGCAGAAGAAGACUGACUACAACAGGGUGCCGGUGGUCUUGGAGACUUUGCCUUCGAAUGCCAACAACGACGAGGCAGCUUCUGAUCCUCCUUCUUCAGCUUCUGGGCAAGGUGAUGCAAGUCCAGUGGCCAGCGGAGACCAGAUGAGUGUGACUCUCCCUGGUGGCAGUUCGUUGAGCUCCUCUGGAUCGUCAAUGUCAGAGGAACUUCUUCCUGCUAACGUUGCAAUUGCUAGCACUCUGUCUGCUUUCAGUGUUGAAGGACUUGAAGAUCUUCCCACUGGUCAUGAACCAGAGCCUGAAGUUUUUGGAGAAGAGGAUGAUUUGGAUGCCUUUACCGACGAGGGCAUCAAUUGGGAGAUUGAGGAGAUCUUGGACGAUGCGAAGAGACGGGCUUAUGAGGAUGGCCCACCUUGCUUGGAUCCUGAGAAGCUUGAACUCUUGGAUGCUGAAAUGGACAAAGUUGAGGAGGAGCGGCUUCUCAACAUGGGUGUUCUCAAGGAGCUCACGGACGAGACCAAGAAGGCGGAGAUGUACAAGUUGAGUUGCAAGUUCGUGAGAGAUUGGCGCUUUCGUGACGAAUGGAAGCGAAGGAGCCGGCUUGUGGCGAGGGAGUACAAGUUUCUCCAGCCCGAGAUGGCUGAUCUUCAUUCUCCUGCGUCUUUGGCUUCUUUGCAAAAGCUCUUCGCAGCGCUGGCGUGCAGCAACCCGAACCUUGUGGUCUUGAGUGGCGACGUGAAGGACGCAUAUCUUUGUGUAGAGCAACGGCGACCAACCUACAUCGAGACCUCAAGGGGGAUAUGCUACGAGCUCAAGUUCAACUUGCCGGGACAGCGAGCGGGUGCAAAAGAUUGGUUCGACAAGUUCAGAUCCAUUUUGGAGCGUGACAACAUUCGCAGCUUUGUCGGUGCCCCUGCCUUGUUCAUCGAGCCGAGGUCCAUUGCUGUGCUCACACAUGUGGAUGAUAUUGAAACAGUGUGCGAGCUAGAUAGAGCUGAGAGACUCAAGGCCCACUGUGAGAAAGAGGGUUUGAACAUUUCAUGGGAAGGGCCUUUGAGUGUGGACUUUGGUUGCUGCAAGUUUCUCAAAAGGAAGAUGUAUUCUGUUGAAGGGGGCAUCUUCAUUGAGCAGGACAAGAAGCACAUUCAAAAGCUGAUAGAGUUGACUGACACCGCCCGCGCAACUGUGAAACACACUCCCUGUCCUUCUCAUCCCCACCAGUGUUCUGAUGAAGCUCUUUUAGGAGGCGAGCACUACAACAAGUUCCGGACCGCGAUCGGCAUCCUGCUCUAUAUGGGGCCGGACAGGCCUGACAUUCUUUACUCUGUGAAGGUUCUCUCCAGUAGGACCACCACACCCCGGCAACAUGAGUGGAAGCUUCUGUGCCACUUGGUGCGUUACCUGAAAGGGCAAGAUGAUCAAGGACUUUUGUUCACACCCUCGUGGCCGGGUCGGACCUUAGAGCAGAGGUGUCUUGAGCUGGAAAGGGAUGAGGAAGUCAAGAUCAAGGGCAACAAUCCUUUCAGUGGGAAACACCUACUUGAGAGUGAGGCACUGCUGAUCAAGAGGGUCAUCAAUUGCCUCACUGGUGGAGAGUGCGAGUGCAUCCACAGAGUGGACAACAGUGCUUGCAGAGCUUUGUUGAACAGAGAAGGCCUUGGGGGCCUCAAGCAUGUUGACUUGCGCUACUUGUGGGUACAGCAGAAAAGAAAGGAUGGCGAGUUUUCGGUGAAGGCCAUAGGAACCCAGUUCUGUCCAGCUGAUAUCGGCACCAAGGCCCACGCAGCACCUCGCAUGAAACUUCUGAGCUACAUGUGCGGUGUGUCAUGUUCCCAUGGUCCUGUUGGAAAAGAGGUGUUCGUUGCAGCUUGGAAUGCGCAGGCGACUAAGAAGAUGGCAGCGAAAGCAUCCAGGGUGAACAUGAAGCAAAAUCUACGUCAAGUUUUGGCUCUCAGUCUUCUUGAACUUGGCUGGGGAGCUCCUUGUGACGAAGUGCCAUCUGCCAUGGACAACCAGAACAACUUCGUGCUCAACGUGAUCUUCCUGGGUUUGGUCUUCUUUGUCUUCAGCGAAGUGGUCAAGGUGAUCUUCUUCCUCUUCAAGAAAGGGGGCAACAUUAUCUUCAAGGGAAGCUCCUUCAGCUUUGCCGUGGUCUACCUCAACCUCUUUGGCUUCGCCCUCGGCAAGGACAGUGUGGAAACAUCUAUGUCACCUACAUCGAGUACCUCCUGGACAUCUUCGACUACAUGGACCAAUGGUGAGCUGAUCUCCUUCCUGGUGCUGUUCUUCCUCUCCAUCACGCUGGUGGUGAUGUCGUCUCGCAGGUGGCGGCAGGUGGAGAAUGACGUGGAGAGUGGCAAUGGCGAGGAGGAGAACCUUAUCUCUGAGAACGAGAGAUGGAAUGGCUACGUCAUCAGCUUCUUCGUCUUCGAGGGACGCUGGCAGUGGGAAUGGUUCUUCUGGAGUGGCCCAACCUUCGAGGCCAACGAGCUCUUCGGUGACACCUUCAGCGGCGACUUCUUCAGCGACAACGACGGCUGCCUCUACAAGCUCUGCGGCUGCGCUUGGUCAAACGGAUCCCGGGAACUAGAACAAAAUUUGAUGAGCCCCAAGAUGCUCCCCGGGCCAGUGAAGGGCAUCAGUUUGAAGGGGGUCCUCUUCUUCCUGGUCUUCGCCUUCGCGCUGCGCUGCUUCAUCUUCGCUGAGGAGGCUGCGGCUGCUGCUUGGUGCGGCUACGGCGGCUUCGCCGUUCACCGGGGAGGAGCUGCCGAUUCAUGCCACAACCCUGGCGUCCGCGAUCCCGAUAGCUACGAUGAGUUCGCCCUGGACAUGCCCCUGAGGUCGAUGUUGGCAGAAGCAGACAUCGAUGAGGGGGCCGCCAGUGCUGGAAAAGUCAAGGGCAGUGACAGUGCCGAUGAUGGCGAGGACGGCACCCGCCUUACUUCCAUGGAUUUCCCCAUCCUCUGUGCCUGCCUGUUGCCUCAGCUGCUGCUGCAGGCUCGAGCGACGGAGUGGAGUGCUGCAAGCUUGUUCGAGAAUAGCGACAGUGACGCUCAUGAUGAUGCAGAUGCACAGAUCGGAGACGGAGAGUGCGAAUUGGAGAUCGAGGGCCAAGAGAUCAUGCACGGUGCAGAGCUGGUUCGCGCUGGCUUGGUAUCGGCUUCACAAUGUAUCGCUGGCCUGCAGCGAGCUGUCAAUGUCGGGCCGCUUGCACAGCUUCUAGGUGAAUCACGAUUUUGUGUUCAUGAAGUUCCCCAACGUUUGGCUAGCUUGGCUUUGUCUUUCCAAGAGGGGUCAGACCCGCAAUGCUCCGGCAGCAUCCCAACCCAGGGCCAGGAUUUGGACCAAGUGAAUGAAAGCUACAGCCUCGUAGGUGACCCAAGUGCAGAUUCGCAGGUGUAUCCUUGCAAGUUGUUCUUGACGCAGCAGCGCUUUUCCAUGCUGCUGACUCGCAAGGGCGCAGGGCAGCCUGCAGCAAAGGAGGCCCCGAACACUUUGCAGAUCGAAGCCCAUCUCACCAGCCCCCUGCAAGUGCUGCAUACAAACUCUGCUGCAAACAUCGCAUCAGCGCUUCAGAAGAACAUGCAUUCCGAAGUUGUGGAUCAGGCAAGGUCAUUUGACCGGGUUCUUCAUGUCGUCACUACAGAUGAUUAUGCUGCCAACCAUCUGGCUGAAAAGAUGCUGACACAGCAGGAGAUGUGUGAACUCCAUGGUGAUGUCAGUGAAGACGACCCAGCGAGGAGUGAUGACAAGGCGGGCAAACUGCACUUAAUUUGCGAGGUCCAUCGCCUCCAUGGUGUAGCGGCAAGCAUGUACAGUUUGUGUCCGGAUUUCAUAUCCGGUUUGAUCAAAGCCUCCCUGGUGUUGCGAUCCGGACAUAUGAGCAGUUUGAGACGUUGCCUGCGUGCGCUGAUCGUUGCCAAGCUGCGUGUGUACCAAUGCGAGCCGCCCGAAAAUGUUGUUGCUGGGCCUAGCAUUCCAGCAAGCAAGGCAUUUUUUAUGAACACCUUUUUCAGCAACCUGGCAUCCGCCGAUGCACUGCUUCUUCAAGAACUCUUCAAUGGUGACUGGGGAGUGCAGUCAGAAAUCCAACACUACUGUGUGGGGUGUUGUUCGAGUCCCCAGGAAACCAUGCAAAGGUUCUUGCGAGAAGGUGUCAGGCUCCUUGCGGGAGCAGCUCCAUCCAUAUUCCCCCGCCAUAAAUGGAUAGGAAGUGACGCAGCAAUUGAUUGGUACGGUCGGCUCCAGUGUGUUCACGGUUUGUUGACACAGGUGUUUGAGGAUGUUUUCGGCCCUAGUCCGGGUCCCAGUCGGCCAAACAAACCGACAGCCUCAGAUCCGGCGCAGUCACAGUCUUCACAUGCUCAGGCUCAGUCCCGCGCUCAGACACGACCCAGUGACGCUGUGGACACGGAUGAUGUAGAAGCUCAAGCGCAGGACGACCGUGGUCAACUCUUAGCUUUGCAGGUUUUCGAGACCUGCGGCUUCGCAGCAGCUGAUUCCGGAGACCGGCAAGACGACCAAUGGAAGGCCAUAGCCAAGAAAUGGCGUGAUGCUGCGUAUGCUUGGGCAUGCGGCCAUCCUGACGGCCCGCUUGCUUUGCUUGCUGAAAUGGUAUUCCUGCGGACUGUGCUUGGGCCUCAAGUCAACCUCAUGGCAAAGCAGCUGAAGCUUUCGUCUAGUGAGUUUGACCAACAGCAGGCCCUGGCGGAGCUUACAACGGGUCUGCGCAAGUACCGCCUCACUGAAGUGCAUGCCGAUUCGGCCAGUGCUGAAGCUGAGGUUGCCUUGGCCAAGUUGUUCCAAAAAUCACACUGGGAAUCCUUGCCUUUUGUGUUCUUGACUCAGCGAAAUAACAGCUUCGCAUUCAAACUUACUGCAAGGGUCCUUGCCGCCUUGAAAGUUUAUAUCCGCAAUCGCAGAUCUGGGUACCCGUACAAGCUUUUUCUCCUUGCGACGGCACAGGCCACAGAGGCGGAACGCGUGGCCAAGGAAAUUGUUUUUGAUUUUUUCUACGAGCCAUGUCGGUUAGAUUCCUUCACAUGGUGGUUUGUCAAGGGUUUUCGCUCGGCAGAGCGGCUGGCCAGUGCAGAGGCCCGCGCUCACCUGCAAGCCAUUGCAAAGGUUGCAAGUGUUGAUAUUGCAGCCACGGAGUGCCAGCAUGCCAGCAAUCGGCGGCACAUAGAGUCCAAAAGCAUCCAGAGUCACAGGCAACUCUUGGCAGCAGCUAGCGCAGCCUAUGUUGCCAGGAAAUUUGCGAAGAAAGGUUCUGGGCCGUUGAUACCCCGCAAGCGCAAGGCAACAGACGCCUUGCCACCUGUCGCGGAACAUGGUAGCUUGCUCAACACCAAACACCUUCGAUUGCAGCAGCGAAGGCUUGCUGUGAAGCAGGAUCGGGAGAAGCAGCAAGCUGUUCGAGACUCGGCAUGCAGACUUCAAGAUUCUUUGUCCCACGCAGAUGUGAGUGCUUCAGAGCAAGCUGUGCUGAACUUCAGUGGCAUCACCGCACAGGAGCUGUGCCGGGAUGCAGAUUCGAGCCGCCCUGUCUCUUCGUGUCCGCCUCAGCUCGAGCUGAUCGAGCCCGGGUCUGUCUCUGAACUUCAGCCUUCGACGCCCUUGGGCUUGGGGCCCUUGACUUCGGCCUUGGCUUUGCCCGCAGCUUCGGCACAGGUAGCAGCGCUCCCUGUCAGUGUGGAUCAAUCUGCCCCUGCAAAGCUUGAAUCGAUCUCCACAGCUGCUUCCAUGGAUGCCAUGGCCAUGGAAUCCAUGGAAGCUGCAGCCAGAGCUGCAGCCGAAACAACUAUGACGAUGGCCAUGAACCCUGCUUCCGUGUGGGCUUUGCGACCGGAUGUGGCCAACAGUCGAAGCGGCUUGUGCUUAGACACAUCAGCAACAGCCAUGCAUGCUGCUCCUUUCUUUCUGGCACAGAUUUCUCAAGGCGAGGCUUCCUUCCUGCGUGGAAUGACGAAUUUUCAGAGCUUGGAUCUUGCAUGGCACCAGAGACACGAGGUCGUGUCCACUGCCAGUGGUGUAGCCGAGGGUGAGAUGAUCAGCAAGAACAGCAAGAAGAAGACGUGGACCCUCAAUCUCAGGUUGCGCAACACAAUGCGCGGCAUUUUGAGCGUGCAUGCAGUCAGCAAGGAUGUGCUCAAAGAUGGAUGUUUAUUCCUUCGUUUCUCAUCUUGCUCACCAGAGCAAUCCCGGCAAUCUCUGCGUGCCGGCCCCACGUGUUAUGAUCGCUAUCAGAUGCCCGUGCCCCUAUACCUCAAGUUGAUCCUGGCCUUGUCUUGGUUCAAGUGCAUCGCGACCUGCCUGCAGCAUGCUUCUGGAGGGGCUCCCAAUUGGAGCAUGCUCCUAGAAGGGGCCAAGGCGGGGGUGGGGGAGGUGGUCCUCGUGGUCCAGGCCCAGGUUCAAGUGGUGGCUCUGCAGCAGUCAAUGCUGGAGCAGGAGGAGCGUCAAGGCAACAGCGAAAGCGAGGGGUCAGAUGACACAGCUGGGAAAUUCGCUGAAUUCUUUGCCAGCAGAGCACGUAGACGUGCAAAUGCAGCUGGUGAGGACGAAGUUGCUGCUGAAUCUGUGGGGUCUCAGGACUCAGAUGAGCACUGGGGACAGGAGGAUGCUGAUGAGAGAAUCGGAGCCUCGCUUCUUGCAGAAGAUCCAAAUCUUCAACCUGGCACGCUUGAUCUUCCAUUUGGACAUUCAGUUGAAACUACAGCUGCAGCUACAGCUAUGGCUAUGGCAGCGAGGGCUUCGGGUGCCGAGCCGUCCGGCUCUGCUACAGUCAGAGAUGCAGCGGCGGAGAGUUUCGCAGAAGCUUUGAUGUCAGCCAUGGCAUUUGAAGACGAGUUUGAAGCGGAAUUGCGGGGUGGAGGUGCAAUCGGUGCAAUGUCUGAGUCAGGGGACGAAAACAGAAACGUCCCCACACCACCCGCGCCCCUUUCUGUGCAUCCGCCAGCUACCCCGCCCGUGCGGGACCCAAGCGAUGAACUUGGCCGUGGCCAUGACCGCCCUGCCUCUGACAGUGCUGUCCCAUCUGCCCCAAGCCGCGCCCCGCCAGUGCGGGGCUCAAGUGCCAGGACUGCAGCGCUGCCGGCAGGGCCACGGCUUGUGCAUGAUGGUUUGGCCAUCAGAAACGACGAUGGCAGCAUUCUCGCUUGGAUCAAGCACAAACCGCAAAGUAAUGAUUUCUUUGUAAACUGUUCCUUGCACGAAAAUUGCACCAAGACUAAGACGCUCAGAAGCUCUCAUAGACAUGGCAGGAGGUUGCAAGGACGUCCGCUCGGUUUCCUGGCUGCGUGGGCCGUGCAGGGACAUGCAUGUCUUUCCAAGGAAGCGCAUUCCUUGGUUGUGCCUCCAUUUCUCGACCGCAAGAAUGCUCGUGCGAGGCUGCGUCAGGAAGCAAAUGCGUCUGAGUUCUUUGUCAAGGAACGAGACCGUCGUUCAGACGAGCCCGACAGCGAGCCGGACCACUGCCCUUAG